ACCCAUAACAUGAACACUCAUCAAUUCGUAAACAUGCUUUGGUCACGAAAGCAGAAAAUAAUUGAUUGAUCAAUGAUUUCUGCUGAUUUCUAGUUUAUAUGUCUUUUAUAAAGAAUAAAUAGCAUGUUUCCUUUGGUUUACAUUCGUUUGUAUUUAAUCGAUUGUGAUGUGGAGUAGUCAGUUGUGUAUCUAAGUGCAGAAACGUUUUAUUAUAUAACUUCUAAAAGAUUCUGAGAUAUUACAAUGGAUUUACGUGUUCAAAAAUUAGAACAACAGCGACAAAUUAUGGAACAGAAAAUGAAACAGAAGCGUCAAAAUUCAGGAAUUAUACAGGCAUCAGACUCCAGAGGUAGUUCGGCUAAAUUAAGACUUAAUGGAGACAAAAAAGAAUUACAUGGUUAUGAUGGUCCUUUACAGUAUUCCUUAUAUCGAGACAAUAAUCCUGAUCAAACAAUUUCACUUUCACCCAGUAACGAUAAUUUGCAUGAUUCACAAAUAGAUGAUUUAGCGAACAGUGCAUCAAUUGAUUUAGUAGAUAUAGAAGAUGAAGAAUCUUCACCAGUAACUAUGACAGUGUCUAACAACAAUGGAAAUGUGCCUGUUAGUCCAAUUAUAGAUAAAUCUAAAGCAAAGUAUCCUAUAAAUUCAGUUCCUGAAGUUGAAGGAGAUAUAGAAGGUAACAUAGAAAAAUUUGUUUUACAACCUGCAUCUCAGAAAGUUUUAUAUAAAUGUCGGAUUACAAGAGAUAGAAAAGGAAUGGACAGAGGAUUAUAUCCAACAUACUUUUUACACCUUGAAAAGGAUUAUGGAAAGAAAAUUUUCUUGUUGGCUGCAAGAAAAAGAAAAAAGAGUGCUACCAGCAAUUACCUGAUAUCAACAGAUCCUACUGAUUUAUCAAGAAGUGGUGAAUCAUUUGUUGGUAAAUUAAGGUCCAAUCUCUUGGGUACUCAGUUCACUAUAUAUGACAACGGUAUUUCACCGCGCAAAAUCAAUGGUUUGGAUGAUGGUGUGGUACCUAGACAAGAGCUAGGAGCUGUAAUUUAUGAUACCAAUGUGUUGGGUUUCAAGGGUCCCAGAAAAAUGACUGUCAUUUUGCCUGGUAUGACCCUCGAGCAACAAAGAGUCGUCAUUUACCCUCAAGACGAGAGCGAGAGCCUGAUCGAGAGUUGGAAAGCAAAGAACAUGGACAAUCUCAUUGAAUUACAUAACAAAACUCCUGUAUGGAAUGACGACACGCAGUCAUACGUCUUGAACUUUCAUGGACGUGUCACACAGGCAUCUGUUAAGAAUUUUCAGAUCGUGCACGACAGCGAUACUGACUACAUUGUAAUGCAAUUUGGUAGAGUAGCUGAGGAUGUGUUCACGAUGGACUUCCGGUAUCCGUUAUGUGCAGUGCAAGCAUUCGCCAUUGCUUUGAGCAGCUUUGAUGGAAAAAUUGCGUGCGAAUAAGCAACGGUUUAAAACGGUUCCUUUAUGGACACGUUACGUUUUGAUGUGACUAAUCAUCUGUUUGUUUUACAGGUAAGGCAAGCAACAUUUUUUAACUUAAACGACGAUUGAUUGAUGAUAUUACAAAAUAAUAAAAUGAACGUGUAUUGUUUAAAUAAUUUUGAAUUAUCUUAUGCAUUAGACAUAAUUGAAGUUUUUGGAUUUUUGAAUAUUAUUUCAGUAACAAUAUUGUUUCUGAAAUAGACUGAGACGUGAUUGAUGAGAACGAUAGAUUCAAAAUUUUCCGAAUUUUUUAAUUAAUUACUUUUGAUACUUUUAUAAUAAAAGUUGCCCUUUAUGUAGAGUAAAUGUUGAUUUAUUUACAAGAUUUUGUAUACAUAUAAAGCACUUAUGUUGUUAAAUAAAUCGUAACGUUCCUAUAAGUAUAGUAAAUUAAGCUGCAAAGGCAGAUAUUAAAAUUGACAAAAAUAAAAAUGUGUCGACUAAAACAAAAUUUGUCAUUUUUCAAUUAAUGAGUUGUGCGGUGCUGUCAGUUUUAAGGUUUGCUUCUACCGAAAUCGCAUUUUACAUGAAACUUGAGAAUUCUAGUCUAAUAAUUAAUUUUUAUUUCCAAACAGAAAAUUUUCCACUUUGUUCAUUACAGUAUUUUUAAAAGUUAUACUCUUUGAGUAAUUUAUAUAUCUAGUUAUUAAGUAACUUUAUGAAUUUAAUUUAUAAUAUUUUUAGUAAACUUUUUUUCUUAUCUUCUUGAUUUUUCUAAUUUUGGAGGAUGUCUUUUUUAUAUUUUUAUAUAGCGUAUUUAAUUUUAAAUGUAAAUCGAAAUUACGCGCAAUAAAAGCAUUAAUUUAUGAAAUGUAUAGUACAAGUUAUUAGUAUUAUAAAUUAGUUUUCUUUGAGAAGUACUUCACAAAAACACAUUUUUGUUCUUAUAUUAAUAUAUUAAAACAAUUGCUUUGAAAGUGGUGUGUAUUGUAAAUUUUAUUUGGAUUAUGUAAACAUCCAACGUUUUCAUUUUUGGAUGUAUAUGCAUCUUUACGGCAUUUUUAAGGAAAGAUCAAAAAAUAGCAAGUGCCAUUAUUUUAUAAUAGGAAGUACAAACCAUUCUUUAUACUCGAAUUUUUUGAACCUGGUCCAGGGUUUUCUGUAGAAAUUGAUCUGAACUUUCUAAAAAUUAUUCGUACUAUUUUAUUCCAUAAAUGUUAUAAUUAAAUAAAACAUGGUUGUAAAUACUACUUAAUUAAACAACACUUUAAAGCGAAAA